UGGUAUUCAUUUAAACCUGACCAGCUACAGCGGUCAGACGGUGCCACUUUUUCUGGAAACAGGCUUGAUGGAUCCGACCUUUGCUACCCAGAAUCAGUCAAAUGUCGAAUUCAAACCAAGAAGGUACGCAAAAGGUCCUCACGCAACUUCCUCGGUAUCCAAACGUCAGCUUCUGCACGUAUGACUCACUCUUCUCUUGAAUCUCAUAUUUCUCCUGAAUACUCUAAGAUUUUCAGCAGACCUUCCAAGCAGUAUCACAAAUGUAUAUGGGCACAGGAUGGGAGGCUCAGCUUUUAAAGAGGACGGCCUUUCAACGCCUCGGAUGCCGACGGUAGUCUACACGUAUAUCUCGAAGGAGAUACAAAAUGUACUGAGACCUCACUUCAAAUGUGUCGGCAGCGCUAUCGAAGGACCCUCGAAGACCACUCAUGGCGAUGUUGAUAUAUUGGUGGCUGAUCCGGUGGACAAAGCUCGCCGGAAGCAGGGAGACUUUCUUGCAAGUCUCGUCGGUGCAAAAAAGUGGAAAACGACGGGGGCCUCGCUUCUUCACUUCGCCGUGCCGUGGCCGCAGGAACUUGAGUACCAAGAUGGGUUUCCAGAAAUCGCUAAAGCCGUGUCGGCCAGAGAAAAUGACGAGGAACAAACCGCAGAGUCAAUAGCAAAUGCUCAAGAGGUGGUUCGGACCUCAGCUAUCCCUGGAGCAGGAUCUCCACGCACAACAGGGCCGCCAGUCCCAAGGGAAGCUCCCCAUUCACCCGCGACCGAGAAGUGCAUCCAAGUCGACAUUCAGAUCUGCCCGACAACGACAGCCUGGGAGUGGCAACUUUUCUAUCAAGCUCAUGGUGACCUUUGGUCCAUGCUGGGUAUAAUCAUCAGACGAUUUGGACUGACAUGUUCGUACGAUGGACUACAGCUCCGAAUAAAGGAAAUCGAAUCCCACAACAAAUUGCACUCCAGGGUAAAGAUGACCCAAGAUCCAUCCCGAGUGCUCGAAUACCUUGGCAUGGACAUCGAACAAUACUGGGCGCCUUUCGAAAGUUGGGACGAUAUGAUGGCCUACGUGGGGACUUGUCGCUUUCAUGAUCCUGGGCGUUGGAAGAGCAAGCCGAACAAGGAAGAGGAGGAUGGAGCUCAAAUUAAGAAGGGCCUGGUGGGGGAAGUGGUCGAUGACACAGCCGAGAAGAACAAAGAGGCUGUAACACUCAAGCAUAACGACCGUGCUAGAGCAGAGAAGAGACCUGUUAUCAAAUUCUGGUUCGACACGUACCUGCCACGCCAUGUUGACGAUCAGCCAGGCAAGGACGCACAAUUAUCACGGGAGGACGUUGUUGAGGACGCAAAGAAGUUCUUUGGUACCGAGUUUGCCAAUAGAUUCGACGACAAGAAGACGAAAUGGACGAGGAUCAUUGCAGUUGACCACUUGUGGAGCGAUAUCCGCAAAACAUUGCCCAACAGGCCUUACACCCAGGAUGGUGUCCAGAUUGGAAUGGUCAUGAAGGGGCUGAAGCGGGAGCUGGCUGGCAAGCGCGAGGAUCGCGAGACCAGUGAUGAAGCUCCCGAGGAUGUGAGGUUAGUGUUUCGAGAGGGCAGGUUUGAACAUGUGUUUGCCUGGGCGCAGGAGAAUUGGAGGGACAUUGCAAAGCGUCAAGAAACACAUUCAAUGGCGAUGCGGGACAAGAAGCUGAAGGAAAGCGAGAGGGAUGAAGAGAAGGGCGAAGGAGAAGAGAGGGCUGCGGUCAUCGAAGAUCCUUCCGAGGCAUGAACAAUACUGCUCGAGCGGAGGUGUAUGGCUGGAUUCUUUUGUCGCCACACAAUAUGCCCUCUACAAGUCUCCUCACCUGUUAUUUUUCCCUGCAUACCUGUAGGAAGCUCCGUACAGCUUCUGUCUACCAGUUAGUCAUCGGAGC